UAAGAAUAACUAUUUUCAUACUCUUAUCAUGUUGCCAGCAACAUCUGUACUCAGUUGUGCGUCGGCUUCCUGUGUCCUAGCAGAAGACGAUAAAGAUGAGUACAUUGUCAAGCAAACGACCCCUGUAGACAACGUCGAGCAUAAUAAUUGCAUUGCAGUUGGCAAUGAUGGUGUAUGGAGACCUACAACAUUGCCUGCUAUCACGCCCUACGUCAGCUCCUACAACGUGGAUGAGGACAGAGUCACCAGCAAUGAGAUUACUCAUAACGUCAACGAUUACACAUCUCACAAUGGUAAUCAACAACAGGUCAAAUCUCUGCCUAUGAACGAAGCAGAAGAGCAGGCGAAGGAAGGUUAUGAUCGAUACUGGCAGACUGUCUCUGUUAUCAGCUGUUUCGUGUCAGUUAUGUUUAACAAUGCACUCGUAUCAUCCUAUGGUGUGCUCUACAUCUACCUGAAGGAACCCCUGGCUGUGACCGAGUACCAGCUCUCCUGGAUCGGCUCCCUCAUGAGUGGCUUCUUUGGGGUAACUUCUUUGCUGGCGUCUGUGUUAAUUGAGAGAGUGGGAAGUCGACACACACACCUGCUGGGAGGCCUUACACUUGCCUUCUCGGUGAUAGUCAGCAGUCUGACAAGUAAUAUCCACGUUCUCUACGUAACACUCGGACUCUUGUCAGGCGUUGGUUCAUCUCUCACGUUUGUGGCCAGCACUGUCCACGUCAGCCGGCAAUUUUCAAGAUGGAGGCCUCUGGCCAUAGGUACAGCAAGUAUUGGAGGGGCAGUUGGAAGUCUGACAUGGCCUCCCCUCAUGUCCGGUCUAGUGGAGGCAUUUGGAUGGCGAGGUGCAUUACUGAUCAACGGUGCACUGUUUUUACACAUGCUGCCAGGUGCACUGUUCAUCAAAGUCUCUCCUAAACCCACCAGUGUAAAGGUUGCAGGUUCCACUACGAGUGACAGCUAUAAGCUACACGCCCUAUCUCCAUGGCAGAAAUUCAGGGAACAUCUACACGUUAUCAAAGUGCCGGGCUUCAUAAGCUUCUCUGUUUCCUACGUUAUCACAGGACUUGGCGUAGUGUCCUUCCCCACAUUCAUCCCGGAUUAUGUGAUGACGUCACUUCCUGGUCAGACACCUUCAGAAGUUUCACUGGUUGUGUCCUUUAUUGGAGCGGGGAAUAUUUUGGGCAGAGCAUUGUUCAGUGUUUUAUGCAUGCUGAGUCCAAACUCUGCUCUUUAUUUACAUUUGAUCCUUACAACUGUUUGUGGGUUAACAUGCUUUGCAGUGGUCUUAUGUCAAAACAUGGCUGACUUCUAUGUUACAGGAGUAUUUUAUGGCAUACUAUACGGAGGAACAUCAGCAGUCUGGUGUCCCAUGUUGAUUAUUAUGUUCGACCUGGACAGUCUGCACAGAAUCCUUGGAGGUUUAUUGCUGAUGCAAGGAAUCGGGACAAUCUGUGGACCGCCAUUUCAAAGUUAUCUGGCAGAUGUGAUGACACGGAAAGAUUUGAUCUUUUAUACCACUGGAGCCUUCUUCAUCUGUAGCAUCCUGACCAUUCUCCCUUUCCUGUUAAAGAAACAGCUUGUGUCACGACAAAGUCUAUGGAAGGCUUGUGAUAUCAAAGUGACAGGAAUAACCAACAAAGGUGCAGACCUCGGAUCCACAAAUAACUUUACCUGAAGUCCGCAGCUGAUCAUGUUUCCAUCUCAUUACCAUUCAAUUAAAUAUAACACAUCAUGUGAUUUCUACCGCUUGUCAUUACAUUUUAGUUGAAUACAACUGCAUUAUAACUAUUUGCAGCAAGUGUACUAUUCAGAAUAAGUUAUGUUUACACAGGUUUUAACAGUGUUUUAAUUAUGUCCAAGUGAGUUUGUUGAAGUAGGAGUAAAGCUCUUUUGAUAUUUUAAUGAAGUCAAAAAAUUAAGGGCAUGGUGUUGGCAAAAGAAAGAUGGUGCUGGCUUAAAAUAUCAUUAUCGGGGUAAACAUCGGAUUCGAAACCACGAGCAUACAAUCAUAGAACGCAUUUUGGACGCAACUCUCGUUUGAUGACUGGACCACCCGUACAUUUACUGGGCUGAUGGUUUAUCUGGAAUAAAAAUGCUAUCUUUUUUUCCACACAAAGGGGUUUGUGUUUACAAUCUGCCAGAGCUCGGAAUCAGGCAGGAUUUGGCAUUUUGGAAUGUAAAUGAAGCUAUAUUAUAACGAUAUAAUAAUUCAAGCCAUAACAUGACACAUGCAUCUCGAGGCCAGAACUUACCUUAUAGUGUGCGCAGCCUCGGACGCCAAACAUGUAGAAUGUUGAAAGCUCUAAAGGUAACCUGUAUCAGUAUUAAUUUUGCGGAACUCAUCAACAUUACUUUUCCAAAUAGCCGGUCAGAUUUCUUUUGUCAGAGAUGGUGGCAUGUUCCUUGCAUGUUCGGCUAGGUGCCAGUAAUGUUUGAGAGGGCUGAGAUGACGGGAUGCGUUUCGGCCAUUAUUAUCUUUUUCUCUAUUGUUUUGCUAAUUGGAUCAAUGUAAUGUUAGACGGAUAGUUAUGGAUGGGAGAGAAAUAGAGUAGGAAUUGAACAGGUCUUGUUUGACGACAUUUCACUACUUGAGUUAAGUUGGAGGGAUGGGUAUAAUAUAUACUUUAAGAGUUGGUUUAAAUGGUAUAAGGCAGGUUUUGAAGGGGGGAAAGUUUGCAGGAGUUGAAUAAGCUCAUGGAGGUUUUUGCCCCUUAUUUCUAUUAAACUUCAUUCCUAAUUUUGUUUUGUGUCUACAAUUAGAAGUGAUAACCCGACCAGGAGGCUAACAGAAGAUGUAGGAAAGAAUUCAACAACUGGAUAUGCAAAGCACUGUAGUUAACAUAUGACCUUGGCCAUAAAUCUAUUUGUUCUACUGUCAAUUUGAGGGCAUCAAUUACAGAUUUAGUGCCGUUUUUUCGCCUAUUAAAACGAUAUUAAAACAUCAUCUAACAAAUAAAGAUUGAAACCUUUUAGGAUUUCAAGAUCAAUGAACAGAGGCAUACAAUUAUGGGCAUGAUGUGCCUGAGGUUUCUUUAAAAGUUGUGUUUGGAUGUAUCGUGACAGAAUCAUUGCAUACCAUUUUCAAAAAGAAGAACAAUAUUUGAUACUGAGGAUUGCAACAACUGAAUGCAUAAACAUGCUUGAAACUAGGUCAACAAAAACGUCACUUUGCAAAAGUCUUUGGUGUCAGUCAAAGUAUGGUCAGCAGGGAAUGGAAUCGAUACCAGACGUUUGGAUCCACAGUGACAGUGACAUCCAGGUGGUCGACAGCUUUGCAGCACAUAUUGGAGCUUCUCCUGAUUGUUGGGAUUGGGCUGAAGAUCAGGUCAGUUGGAGUGACGAGAUACUGUCUAGACGUCACAGAUUGUUGUUCUAACAGGCACAUUUGGAUUGGGCUGACGAUCAAGUCAGUUGGACUGACCAGUACUUUCACUGAUGAAUCGAGAUAUUCUCUACACGUCACAGAUCGUCGUUCCCAAGUGUUGUGUAGAAAAAGAGAAAUAUUUCAGGAUUCCAACGUAACCAAACAUGACCGCUAUCGAGGAGGCUCAAUCAUGAUAUGGUUGACGGCAUGCUGGAGCAAUCAGACCGGAAUUCAUCCUCAGUGACGAGUACGCACUACCUCAUCGUGUCAAGG